CGUGCACCAAAUAUUCUUGGCAUUUCGUUCUAGAAAGAGGAUUUUGGAGUGGGAGAGUUUGCAGGGAGGAGACAUGCCUAAUUUCAGCCCAACAGGCAACACUUGUGGUUCUUUCUUCUUCUUCUUCUAAUUUUACCGGAUCCCAAUUCCCGAAGGAAAUGAAACAUCUAAGCCUUCAAUUACAAGGUCAGAACUCGCCUCCAGCUCAGUCAUCGUUGUUUCUGUCUCAACUAGAAGUUACUGCUACAAGAACUGCUUCUCAAGAUCAGUCUUGUGUUUCAUCUGGAUCGGAAAGUCAUGGAAAACAAUUAGCUGCUCGAAUCAAGCCCAUGUUCUUCAUUGGCAAUCCAGAUUAUUCUGUGAGUCCGUCCCAAUGUGAAAUGAGUCAUUCCACGAUUCACUCUCAGUACAAUUACACAGAUCCGUACUACAGUGGGUUAUUUACUGCUUAUGGACCUCAGCCUUUUCCUCAAAUGGUUGGUGUUGCGCCUGCUCGGAUACCAUUACCUAUAGAUGUUGCAGCAGAUGAUGGACCAAUUUAUGUCAAUGCAAAGCAGUAUCACGGAAUACUAAGGAGGAGACAAAUACGCGCGAAACUUGAAGCACAAAACAAAAUUGUGAAAAACAGAAGGCCAUAUCUGCAUGAGUCUCGCCACCUUCAUGCAGUUAAGAGGGUUAGGGGAUCAGGUGGCCGUUUCCUUGGCACAAAGAAGCUGGUGUUGCAAGAUUCUUCUUCUCCGGCCACUGAUGCUAUUCUGCAGCAGCACAGUGCCUCUUCUCCGCACAUCCUGAGGCCCCAAGCUGCAGCUGCUGCUGUCUUCCAGCAGCCUGAUCACAGACUCUUGGGCAUUUCAUCUCACAUGCAAGGCGGGACCCGGGAGUAUUAUUCUCCUAUUGUUCUGUGAUUGAGGAUUUCCCAAUCUCUCGUAAUUCAUUUGCCGGCAUUUCAUCCUUGGCUAUUGUUACUUUUGCUCUCUAGUUUGUGGAUUUGUCCUACUCGCUCGAUUACUAACUGCAAAACGUUCUUGACAUCAUACGUUUCAGAGAAUGCUUAAUUCCUCGUCAUACUUCUAAGGUUAAACUGAUAAAGAAACAACUUGUCUGUAUGAUUAUAUGAAUUAAGACUGUUAAUUGCUUUUUUCUCUCUGCAUGCAAUAGUUUUUAGUUCA